CACCUACCUAACUAACCUCUUCCGCCACCAUCCCGUCCGUCCUCGAGUCGCCGGCGGAGUCUCAAGUCUCAACCUCUCCUUCCGUAGUCCCGCCACCAACCCUUUCUUUUUUUUCAAAAAAAAAAAGGUCCUACUGCUACCCAGCAAAGCAGUUGCUCGUUUUCGUCGCCCGUGACGGACCUCCCUACAUCCAUCCUUCCAUUUCCUCAUAUAACCCACCAUAAACGCUAACUUUCCCUCACUUUCUCUCCUCCCAAACACCCCUUCCUCUUCUUCUCAACGCCCAAACCCAUGGCCUUAACUGACCAAACCAAACUCCUUCCCAAGCCAUUCCUCCCUCGCCCUUCUCUCUCUUCAUCAACUCCCGCUUUCCCUUUCCCGCCGCAACUUCCGUCUCGAAAACUCCGCCCUGCUUCCAUUCAAUGCUCUGUGGCUGCCGCUCCGUCUCCGGCUGUCGCCGCCUCCAAGGACUGCAAGGUUAAGUCUGUUAAGGCCAGGCAGAUUAUUGACAGCAGAGGCAAUCCGACAGUCGAGGUUGACUUGAUCACUGAUGAUCUGUACCGAUCGGCAGUUCCUAGCGGCGCCUCCACCGGGAUCUAUGAGGCGCUGGAGCUCAGAGAUGGAGACAAGAGUGUCUACGGCGGAAAAGGCGUGCUUUAUGCCGUUAAAAGCAUCAAUGAAAUUCUAGGUCCUAAGCUUGUCGGCAUUGAUGUCAGAAAUCAAGCUGAUGUUGAUGCUAUUAUGUUGGAAAUUGAUGGCACUCCAAACAAGUCCAAAUUGGGGGCUAAUGCUAUACUCGGAGUUUCUUUGAGCGUCUGUAGAGCAGGUGCAGGGGCCAAAGGGAUGCCCUUGUAUCGGCACAUCCAGGAAAUAUCAGGGACAAAAGAGCUUGUUAUGCCAGUUCCAGCUUUUAAUGUGAUAAAUGGAGGCAGCCAUGCUGGAAAUAAUUUGGCAAUGCAAGAGUUUAUGAUACUUCCAGUUGGUGCCGCCUCGUUUGCUGAGGCUCUCCGCAUGGGUAGUGAAGUUUACCAUAUACUAAAGGGUAUUAUCAAGGCUAAAUAUGGACAAGAUGCUUGCAAUGUUGGAGACGAAGGAGGUUUUGCUCCUAAUGUUCAGGAUAAUAGGGAGGGACUGGUUUUGUUAAUGGAUGCAAUUGAAAAGGCUGGUUACACAGGAAAAAUCAAAAUUGGGAUGGAUGUGGCUGCUUCUGAGUUCUUCACUAAGGAUGGGAAAUAUGACCUAAACUUUAAGAAGCAACCAAAUGACGGAACUCAUGUGCGCUCAGCUCAUAGCCUUGGGGAACUCUACAAGGAGUUCAUCAAAGAUUUCCCUAUUGCGUCUAUUGAAGAUCCAUUUGACCAAGAUGAUUGGAGCUCAUGGGCUUCACUACAGUCUUUAGUUGAUAUCCAACUUGUAGGGGAUGAUUUAUUAGUCACAAAUCCGAAGAGAAUAGCUGAGGGCGUUCAGAAAAAGGCUUGCAAUGCGUUACUUCUGAAGGUUAACCAGAUUGGGACAGUGACUGAAUCCAUUCAAGCAGCACUUGACUCAAAAGCUGCAGGUUGGGGAGUGAUGGUCAGCCACAGAAGUGGUGAAACAGAGGAUAACUUUAUUGCCGAUCUUUCUGUUGGGUUGGCUACCGGACAGAUCAAAACUGGAGCUCCUUGCCGAAGUGAGCGGUUGGCAAAAUAUAAUCAGCUUUUGCGCAUUGAAGAAGAGCUUGGAAAUGUUCGAUAUGCUGGUGAGGCAUUCAGAUCUCCUUAAAUAAGAGCGAGCGCAACUUCCUUCCUUUUACUGGAAUAAGAUCCCACGUGAGAUUCAGCAAUAGUGAACUAAGGAAAACCCAUACGAUUUUUAAAGCCACAUUUUGAGCUUAGAUAUCACAAAAAAAUAUUAUAAUCUUAUUGAUGUGAAUUAACCAAGUGCUUUCAGUUUCUGCUGAAGUUACCAUUGUAUCUUUAUUGUCAAGAUUGGGAUGAAAGGAUCUUGAUUGUGAUACUGUCAGUCUAGAUAAACUGAAAAACUACCAUCUGUAUCCUUGCUGUGUCUUUAAUGAGAAGACCUUCACACGUUCAUGGAAAUUUA